UCUGACGAGUAUAUGAAAAGUACAAUUUCAUUUCAUACAUUACACUCUGAACAGAAUAUGUUAAGGUUUCACAUGUGACCCUACCCAACCUAAGAGACACUCACAUUUAAAAACAAGUUCAGUCAAGCCUUCAGUGGGUGCAACAUUUUAAUAAGAGCACAAAAACUGCCUGAAGACAAACAUGGAAUGGGAGUGGCAGUAAAUGUCACAUUAAAAAAAAAAAAAAAAAACCUUUCAUACACUUGUUUUUUUCUCCUCUUGUAAUGAAAUGCUGCCCAGCGUCGUAGCAUACCAGUGUUUCCAGUUCCAGCUUGUUGCACUGGCACUAUAUCAUCAACAUACUACCAUACACCUGUGUGGGAAAAAAAACAAACCCUGACAAGUCAGUUCUGUUUUGUUAAGCUGAGGCAUAAAGCUGCUGUCACUGUGUUCUCGACAGGGCUGGCGGUUGGAUUACCGACUCUUUUUUACUGCUGAGCCACAUAUCUACAGUACAUCCAAGGAUGUAAAGAACAACAAAAGGGGCAGAUAAACACAUCAGAGUUCCUACAAGGUCACGACAAAAGGUACGUAAAUGUUAAAUUAAGUACCUGAAUGCAGCAUUUGCAGUUAAGGUGAAAGUUCAGCUGCAUGCAGGUUGAGCACAGAUCACCGUGGCUGCAUUUGAAUGUGACACACAAUGUAUUUGAGUGAAAUGCUGAGCUAUUUUGAUGGAAACAUCCCCCUGCCAGUGUAUGUGUGCAGGCUUCACUGCUGGCCCAGGAAUGUUGGCAUCAAGUAUGCAGUCCUGACAGACAGCUGCACUGCAGUGGCGUUUUUAACAUGCCAGACCAGGACCCAAGCGUGCUGGAGGCUCUAAGGAAAAUCAAAAAAAGUGCAUUAAAAAGAAAUGAUAAGGGCGGUUGUGCUCACUUGAUUCACUCCAGGUGAGAUGUGUGUGAAUUUAUAGUUUGGAUUUCCUCAUAGAGAGGUUAAAAAGUCAAAUAUUGGUGAUUUAACCUGAAAAAACUGCAUGUAAUUAAACUUUUUUUACUUUCCUGAUCUUACUUGGCUUCAACCUUUGAGUCAAAUGAGUCAUAUGAGAGUUGCAGAAGCCACUCAGCCUGUUUAACAUGAUCCCCAGGAACACUGCUCCCAUUAAAGCAAUUAUUUACUGCCUGACUUUAUUCUGAAUGAGCUGCUCUCUGAUGGACACAAACACAGACACUUCCUCAGCUGCCCUCUUCACCCCCCUCCACCCCACGUGUUUGGCGUUAUUUCUACCUUCAGCCAUUUCACCUCAACCUACAACCUCAGGAUUCAUUACACUACGUCUUGCCCCGAUCUCCUGCUUGUCCUGUUUAUUUUGUACAUGUCGAGCCCCGCCCUGCAGACGCGCUGCUAUCACGCAGUUGCGUAAUUUGACAAGCCAGCGCAAAAUAGGCAGAAUGAACGGUUGACAGCUGGCUCCCUGCACGUACAGAUUGUUUCGAAACCAAAAAGAACAUAUGCUUAAUUUAUUGGUGAAAGAUUUCGGAUAGUCUCACAGUACCUCCUGCUUUUAUGGCCGCUGCCGUGAGGAAUAAUGUUUGGGUUGCUCCGGGGCAGGACGCGCAGUUUCUCCAUAAAACCCCCGCGCCACUGACAGCCGACGGGCUGAGAGGUGAAGAUCAUGGACAAGUGCUGUGCACCGCGAGGGAUGCCAUCCCGGGAACUUCCUCUUUCCAUGAUUAUAAUUUGGGUAAAUCCGAGAUGGACAACUACUUGUCUCCGCACCAACAGGACAUUGUGAAUCCCAAAAUGCUGUGCAGGGAUGGCGCUCUGAUGCUAGAGCCGCCUUUCACCGAGGACUUCGCCCCUCCAUACAGUGUCAACAUGAGCCUGCUCCUUCCUGACGUCACAUACCUGCACCCCGGCCUCUGCAGGACUGUGAGACAGAUCAAAACAGAGCCGUCACACUCUCUGAUGCACCCCACCUGUCAGGGCAACAACGCCGUGCCGCCAACACUCCCAGAAUACCCGGGUGCUUUUAGCACGGCCGACGCGGCCAGCGGUAAAUUCUUCAUCAAACAGGAAGUGCCAGAUUUCCAGGACGUCCCGCUGUUUCAGCUUUUGAACUCUGACUUGGAGCAGCUUGUUCACGGGUCGCAGCUGAACUCCAUCCCCAUGGCGCCGUUGAGUCUUCCCAUCGGGAACGUCCACGUAGGCCCAGCGCAGAAUUCUGCCAAACCCACGGGCGGUCCUCAGAACGAAUGUUUCCCAUUUAACCGGCACUUAGGCCAUCAGCAGAGACCCACCUAUUUGCCGCCCUCUCCACCAAACUCCGAUCCCCCGAGUCCAGACAGGGGGAAGGAGCUCCUCCACAAUCUCUCUCCGCCUCCCUCCUACGAAGCCAGCAUCGCCUCUAAGAUAACUUUUCAGACCCACAAUCCCAUCGAUCCAGGACAGACUUCUAGUGUAGCUCCAAUCCAGAGCCCAGAUCAGAAUUCUAACGUUGGAUUAGUCCAAAGCCCAGGUCCUGCGCCAGUCCAGCGUUUAAGCCUGACACCAGUUCAGACGACGGCAGGUGUUGGCCCGCUGUCCCCGGUGUUAGCUCAGUCCGCCCCUGUUAAGUACAACAGACGGAAUAAUCCUGAUCUGGAGAGACGGCGGAUUCACCACUGUGAUGUUCCAGGGUGCAGGAAAGUAUACACCAAGUCCUCUCAUCUAAAAGCCCAUCUUCGGACCCACACAGGAGAGAAGCCGUACCACUGCUCCUGGGAGGGAUGUGAGUGGCGCUUCGCCCGCUCUGAUGAGCUGACUCGCCAUUUCAGGAAACACACCGGGGUGAAGCCUUUCCAGUGUGCCGUGUGUAACCGCUGUUUCUCCCGCUCCGAUCACCUGGCCCUGCACAUGAAGAGACACCAGAGCUAGAGGCCCCCUCUCUUGCAAAUUUAAUUUUCCAGCAAACGUGGACAAAGACCCGGCACUUACAUAUCAGCAACAAAUUAAAAAACUGUGGAUUAUUUCACACUCUCCCCAGUGGAGACAUUCUUAGCAGUGCUGGCCCAUGAGUAAUUGUUUGUUUUAGUGUAAAAAGAUCAAAUAUUACUGUUGCCUUAUUUUAUUUCAGGCCCUAAUAUUGGGGAACAUUUGCAAAGAUGUCAGUCAGAAAUCAUUAGCCAAAUGUAAUAAUAAAAUUAAUACUCAGCCUUUAGUUUUAUUACAUUUUGUUGCACUUAAAAGUACACAAACAACUUCAAAUAUCAAUUAUUUUCAAAUUUUUCCAUUGUAUAGUUAAUAUCAGCAAUGUGUCAAAGGUGUCACUUAUUUAAUUAACUUAAAUAUCAAACUGCCAUACUGUAAGAGCAGAUAUAGUGUUGCUCCCAACUGGAGUGUCAAAGGAAGCGUUGUUUUAACCAGCAGGUCGUAGGAUUGAUGGCACGUGCAUGUGUAAUAUAGGAAGUAACAGCAGUUUGUUAAAGUUGUGGAUUUAGGGAAAGACACAGUAGGAGAAAUAAAUCACGGGAUGAGCGCCGUUCGCCGCGCUUACAGGGUGACUUUAACACUGCCAGAUUUAUGGGUUAAUUUGCCACAGAGGAUAACUCAAAACAAAAUCUAUAUUUACUCAUAAUACUGAAAUGAAAGGACGAUAAUGUGUAUGAACUAUUAAUCAUAUUCAUUUGGACAGCGUUAUGAAUGUUCUGUAUCCAUGCCCCCCUUGUAUUGCAACAUAGAUAUCUUAAUUUCAGGAAAUGUUAAAUGUCUUUCAGGCAGGUGCAGAGAUUAAUCCAAACGUUGCAUUUUUUUAGAUUAUUAUUAUUAUUAUUAUUAUUUCAGAACGUCAAUGGACACUGUAUCAUUUUAUUCAACUAUUGAAAAGUAUUAAAGGGUAACUUUGGUAUUUUUCAACCCUGGUAUCUCUUGCUUUGUGUCCAAGUGACUAAUGGAGCAACCACUUUUGAAACUGGUCCAGUAUUGAGCAAGAGGGCUGCAGCUGCCAGCAGUGAAACAAGCUGCAGUGUAACAUUAGGGCAGUUGGCCACUGUCAAUUUCCAUCAAUUUCCAGAUUGUUAUUAUAAGUGUCUGACAGCAUUGUGAGAAGGAUCCCUACAGAUUUAGAUGUGUUUGGUAAGGAGUAAGAUCCUUUUUGUUUGACUAGAAACAGCCCUCAAAUCGCUAUCGCCAAACCCACCAGACUCCAUUUAAAAAAACACUAGUUUUAUUACAGUAAGACACACUUCUUUCAGAGUCGACAGAAACAAAAGAAAACUCAAAAGCCAUCUUGGUUCUUUUCUUCACUGCUCCAUCAAUCACCAACUCUGGUUUGGCUGAAAUAAACACAUUUCAUGUGGUUAGAUGUGAAAAUAUGCUGACUCUACACAUGCUUAAAUUACUGUUUUUUUAAAUGGAGUCUGGUUGGUUUGCCAGUAGCGAUUUCUGGGCUAUUUCUUGUUUCCAAAAAUAUGGAUUUUACUUUUUAACAAGAAGGUCUUUCUCUAUAGGGAUCUUUUCUGUAAAUUGUCGGACACUUAUAGUAACAAUCUGAGCCCAUCAGUGGCAAAAACAAGCACUUUUAGUGGACGUCAAUUGACAGUGCUCAGUUGCCCUUAGUGGUUAUAUUACAGCUUGUUUAGCGGCUGUGAUUUUCUCACUCCAUACUGGACCAGUUUCAAAAUUGUUAUCCCUGUUAGUUACUUAGACACAAAAACAUGGGAAUAAAGGGUCCAGGCUGAAAAAUACAAAAAUUGCCCUUUAACUUGUUUUGACCAGCUUGUUUUGCCCAAUGUUAACUUUAGCGGCGCAGCAAUAUCUCAUUUUACACUAAGUAUGGUUAAAGACAAGUGCUCAAAUAAAAUUUACAGCAGCUUUGAGCACAUGACAUUUCAGCAGCAGGUCAGAGUUAUUUUCUUCCUGGCAAGUUUUUACGACGGACAAAUUCAGACGUUUUUGUUUUGGUUGACAAUCACGGGUCAUAACUUUAUAACAGGAUUAUCAUAUUACUGAUGAUUUGUCUUCAUAAGUGGUUUCAAAGUGUUUUUUUUUUUUGGACUCAGACUUGGCACCUGCCAGUCUGAACAUCUGUGUAAGCUUUUGGUUUCUUUGACUGCUAUCCAUGUUUUCAAACACCUUUUGAAAGUGCCUUUAACUGCUCUUUUUUGGACGAAUGAAAAGCAAAGCUGCCCCGUUGGGACAAUGUUCUUUCAUCAGGUACUCUACUCUACUUAAAUGAUUCUGUAUGUUGGCUGCCCUUCCUCAUUUCCUCACUAUAGCAAUCUCUAUUUAUGACCAACUUUCUUUCUAAUUUGAGUCGGGUUGAACAAAUUCUCUAUAAUUUGUUAAGAUGUAUAUAUUUUGUAUCUUCUGUUUAAGGAUACAAUCCAUUGAUUGUUUUAAGGGUGUAUAAAGAUUGUAAACCUUUUUUUUAUUUGCAAAGUUUAUUUUUAUUUUUUGAUUUUUGGGCAAAGUCUAAGAAGGAUCAAAUUAUAUACUGGAUACUGUCACGGUCUACACUGUAAUCCCUCUGCAGCCACGACGACAGCAGCUCAGCAGAGAUUGUGCCAGUGAAUUAUUGCAAUACUUUUAAACUAGAUAUAUACACUCGGAUAUUUUGACGUGAAAGGCGUAACAAUAUUUUGUGUCAUAGCUUCAUAACGUGAAGAUGUAGCCACAAAUUGAUUUUAAGAAAUGUGUUAUGAAGCCAUGUGACCCUCACAGUGCAAAUAAAAGGUUUGUGUUGAAUAU